GUGAUAAAAUGGGUGUGACUAUGAGACACUGUAUUGGCACGAGGCCUCCUUCCUGCCUCAUUUUCCUGCUCCUGAAGCUGUGUGCCACCAUCUCCCAGGGGCUGCCAGGAACAGGGCCCCUGGGCUUCCACUUCACGCAUGCUCUCUAUAACGCUACAGUGUAUGAGAACUCGGCAGCAAGGACCUAUGUCAACAGCCAAAGCAGAAUGGGCAUCACCUUAAUAGACCUGUCCUGGGACAUCAAGUACAGAAUAGUGUCCGGUGAUGAGGAAGGAUUUUUCAAAGCUGAGGAGGUCAUUAUUGCAGAUUUCUGCUUUCUCAGGAUAAGAACUAAAGGUGGCAAUUCUGCCAUAUUGAACAGGGAAAUCCAAGACAAUUAUUUAUUAAUCAUAAAAGGUUCUGUCAGAGGAGAAGACUUGGAAGCAUGGACCAAAGUAAACAUCCAGGUUUUAGACAUGAAUGACUUGAGGCCUCUGUUCUCACCAACCACCUACUCGGUCACCAUCGCAGAAAGCACACCACUCAGGACUAGCGUUGCCCAGGUGACGGCCACAGAUGCAGAUAUCGGUUCCAAUGGGGAAUUCUACUACUACUUCAAAAACAAGGUUGAUCUUUUUUCAGUUCACCCCACGAGUGGUGUCAUCUCUUUAAGUGGACGGUUGAAUUAUGACGAGAAGAACAGAUAUGAUCUAGAAAUCUUAGCAGUGGACCGGGGGAUGAAACUCUAUGGCAAUAAUGGUGUGAGCAGUACUGCCAAGCUUUAUGUUCACAUUGAACGCAUAAACGAACAUGCUCCAAUUAUCCACGUGGUCACUCACACACCUUUCUCAUUGGACAAAGAGCCAACAUAUGCAGUAGUGACAGUUGAUGACCUGGAUGAGGGGGCCAAUGGAGAGAUCGAAUCGGUUUCCAUUGUGGAUGGAGAUCCUUUAGAGCAGUUCUUCCUGGCUAAGGAAGGGAAGUGGAUGAAUGAGUAUAAAGUCAAGGAGAGAAGGCAGGUGGACUGGGAAAGCUUCUCCUAUGGCUAUAACCUCACGAUUCAAGCAAAAGACAAAGGGUCACCUCAGAAGUUCUCAGAACUAAAGACAGUCCACAUUGCUAACCCCAGGAGAGACAGCACCCCAAUCAAGUUUGAAAAAGAUGUCUAUGACGUCAGUAUAAGUGAGUUUUCCCCUCCUGGUGUCAUGGUAGCCAUCGUCAAGGUCAAUCCUGAGCCACUGGAUGUGGAAUACAAACUAUUGCCUGGUAAGGACGCAGAGUACUUCAAAAUUAAUCCCAGGUCAGGUCUGAUCGUCACAGCCCAGCCCUUGAAUACAGUCAAGAAGGAAGUUUAUAAGCUGGAAGUGUCAGACAAGGAAGGAGACGCAAAGGCACAAGUCACUAUUGGGAUUGAAGAUGCCAAUGACCACACCCCAGAAUUCCAGGAGACACUGUAUGAGACUUUUGUGAAUGAGAGUGUCCCUGUUGGUACAAAUGUUCUCACUGUGUCUGCCUCUGAUAAGGAUAAAGGGGAAAAUGGCUACAUCACCUACAGCAUCGCCAGCCUGAACCUUUUACCGUUUGCCAUUAACCAGUUUACAGGUGUGAUCAGCACAACUGAAGAGUUAGAUUUUGAAUCCUCCCCAGAGACAUAUAGAUUCAUUGUGAGAGCCUCUGACUGGGGCUCCCCAUACCGCCACGAAAGUGAGGUCAAUGUGACCAUUCGGGUAGGAAAUGUCAAUGACAACAGCCCUCUCUUUGAAAAAGUGGCUUGCCAGGGAGUUAUUUCAUAUGACUUUCCUGUUGGGGGUCACAUCACGGCCAUCUCUGCUAUUGAUAUUGACGAACUUGAACUUGUAAAGUACAAAAUCAUUUCUGGAAAUGAACUUGGUUUUUUUUAUUUAAACCCAGACUCUGGCGUUUUGCAGCUUAAGAAGUCACUGAUGAAUUCUGGCAUUAAAAAUGGCAAUUUUGCCCUCAGAAUCACAGCUACUGAUGGAGAAAACUUUGCAGACCCCAUGGCCAUUAACAUCUCAGUUCUCCAUGGGAAAGUGUCUUCAAAGAGCUUCAGUUGCAGAGAAACUCGCGUGGCUCAGAAAUUGGCAGAGAAACUACUCAUUAAAGCAAAAGCUAAUGGGAAACUGAAUCAAGAAGAUGGAUUUCUUGACUUUUAUUCGAUUAAUAGGCAAGGACCACAUUUUGACAAGUCUUUUCCCUCUGAUGUGGCUGUAAAGGAGAACAUGCCAGUAGGAACUAACAUCCUGAAGAUUAAAGCCUAUGAUGCCGACUCUGGCUUCAAUGGGAAGGUGCUAUUUACAAUAUCAGAUGGAAACACAGACAGCUGCUUCAAUAUUGAUAUGGAGACUGGACAACUUAAAGUCCUCAUGCCCAUGGACCGAGAGCAUACAGACCUCUAUGUCCUCAACAUAACUAUCUAUGACCUUGGAAAGCCACAGAAAUCGUCAUGGCGUUUGCUGACUGUCAACGUGGAGGAUGCUAAUGACAAUACCCCAGUGUUUCUUCAGGACAGCUACUCGGUCAGCAUUCUUGAAAGUUCAAGUAUUGGCACAGAGAUUAUUCAAGUGGAAGCGAGAGACAAAGACCUGGGUUCUAAUGGUGAGGUAACAUAUUCAGUCUUGACAGACACGCACCAGUUUGUCAUCAAUAGCUCAACUGGGAUUGUCUAUAUAGCCGAUCAAUUGGACAGAGAAUCCAAAGCCAACUAUUCUUUGAAAAUAGAAGCCAGGGACAAAGCAGAAAGUGGCCAGCAGCUGUUUUCUGUUGUCACCCUGAAGAUCUUUCUAGAUGAUGUCAAUGACUGUUCUCCAGCAUUUAUCCCUAGUAGCUACAGCGUGAAAGUCCUUGAAGAUCUUCCGGUUGGUACAGUCAUUGCCUGGCUUGAGACUCAGGAUCCUGACCUUGGAUUGGGGGGUCAAGUACGGUACUCAUUGGUCAAUGAUUAUAAUGGGAGAUUUGAAAUUGACAAGGCAAGUGGUGCCAUCCGCUUGAGCAAAGAGCUUGACUAUGAAAAGCAGCAGUUCUACAACCUGACAGUCAGGGCCAAAGACAAAGGGCGGCCUGUCUCUCUGUCAUCAAUUUCUUUUGUUGAGGUGGAGGUGGUAGAUGUCAAUGAAAACCUUCAUACACCAUAUUUCCCAGACUUUGCUGUUGUUGGAUCUGUCAAGGAAAACUCACGGAUUGGAACAAGCGUGCUGCAGGUGACUGCCCAUGAUGAGGAUUCUGGUAGGGAUGGAGAGAUCCAGUACUCCAUCAGAGACGGCAGUGGUCUUGGGAGGUUCAACAUAGACGAUGAGAGUGGACUCAUCACUGCUGCUGACAUUCUUGAUCGAGAGACAACAGCGUCCUACUGGCUGACAGUGUAUGCCACAGACCGGGGCGUGGUCCCUCUCUACUCCACCAUUGAGGUCUACAUAGAAGUAGAAGAUGUGAACGACAAUGCCCCACUGACCUCAGAGCCCAUCUAUUAUCCCGUUGUCAUGGAGAAUUCUCCGAAGGAUGUGUCUGUCAUUCAGAUUCAAGCUGAAGAUCCCGACUCUGGUUCCAAUGAAAAACUGACCUAUAGGAUUACAAGUGGAAACCCACAGAACUUUUUCGCCAUCAAUAUCAAAACAGGUCUGAUUACCACGACUUCAAGGAAAUUGGAUCGAGAGCAGCAGGCAGAACAUUUUCUUGAGGUGACAGUGACGGAUGGCGGUUCUUCUCCAAAACAGUCAACCAUUUGGGUGGUAGUUCAGGUUCUGGAUGAAAAUGACAACAAGCCCCAGUUCCCUGAGAAGGUCUACCAGAUCAAGCUUCCAGAGCGUGACCGCAAGAAGAGGGGCGAACCCAUUUACAGGGCUUUUGCAUUUGACAGAGACGAAGGCCCCAAUGCAGAAAUCUCCUACAGUAUUGUGGAUGGGAACGAUGAUGGAAAGUUCUUUAUAGACCCGAAAACUGGCAUGGUCUCUUCCAGAAAGCAAUUCACAGCAGGAAGUUAUGACAUCCUGACGAUCAAGGCUGUGGACAAUGGCCGCCCACAGAAAUCCUCCACUGCCCGCCUCCACAUCGAAUGGAUUAAGAAGCCCCCGCCUUCACCUGUACCAUUGACAUUCGAUGAACCAUUUUACAACUUCACCAUCAUGGAGAGUGACAAAGUAACAGAGAUUGUAGGGGUGGUGUCUGUGCAGCCAGCUAACACCCCUCUGUGGUUUGACAUCGUCGGUGGCAAGCAUGCUCGAGAGAUGUUCUAUAUUCUACAGACAGCUUGUGGGCAGAACUGUUCAACAGAAGGGGGGAAUUUUGACAGCUCUUUUGAUGCAGAGAAGGGUGUUGGAACAAUUGUCAUCGCAAAGCCUUUGGAUGCAGAGCAAAGGUCAGUCUACAACAUGAGCGUGGAGGUCACCGAUGGAACAAAUGUUGCUGUCACUCAGGUAUUUAUUAAGGUGCUGGAUAAUAAUGAUAAUGGCCCAGAAUUCUCCCAGCCACAUUAUGACGUGACCAUUUCUGAGGAUGUGCUUCCUGACACGGAGAUACUGCAGAUUGAGGCCACAGACAGAGAUGAGAAGCACAAGCUAAGCUACACCAUCCACAGUAGCAUCGAUGCCAUCAGCAUGAGGAAAUUCCGGAUAGACCCCAGUACAGGCGUGCUCUACACUGCUGAAAGGCUGGACCACGAGGCCCAGGACAAGCACAUCCUCAACAUAAUGGUCAGAGAUCAGGAAUUUCCUUACCGAAGAAACUUGGCCCGAGUCAUCGUGAAUGUGGAAGAUGCUAAUGACCAUAGCCCUUACUUCACCAAUCCACUGUAUGAAGCAUCGGUUUUCGAAUCAGCAGCUCUGGGAUCAGUUGUUCUGCAAGUGACAGCUCUGGACAAAGACAAGGGGGAAAAUGCAGAGCUCAUAUAUUCCAUUGAAGCAGGGAACACAGGGAACACAUUUAAGAUUGAACCAGUCCUGGGCAUCAUCACCAUUUCCAAAGAGCCAGACAUGACAGCCAUGGGUCAGUUUGUCCUGUCGGUUAAAGUCACAGAUCAAGGCUCGCCACCAAUGUCUGCCACUGCAAUUGUCCGCAUCUCCAUCAGCAUGUCUGAUAACUCCCACCCCAAGUUCACUCACAAAGACUACCAAGCUGAAGUAAAUGAAAAUGUGGAUAUUGGAACGUCUGUCAUCCUGAUCUCAGCCAUCAGCCAGUCAACCCUAAUCUAUGAAGUCAAAGAUGGAAACAUCAAUGGAGUCUUUACCAUAAAUCCAUAUUCUGGAGUCAUCACCACUAGGAGAGCUCUGGAUUAUGAACAUACCUCUUCCUAUCAACUCAUCAUUCAGGCCACUAACAUGGCAGGCAUGGCUUCCAAUGCCACCGUCAGUGUGCAGGUUGUGGAUGAAAAUGACAACCCCCCUGUGUUUCUCUUCUCUCAAUACUCAGGUAGCCUGAGUGAGGCUGCCCCCAUCAACAGCAUUGUCAGGAGCUUAGACAACAGCCCACUCGUGAUCCGAGCCACCGACGCUGACAGUAACCAAAACGCACUCCUGGUGUAUCAGAUCGUGGAGUCCACAGCCAAGAAGUUCUUCACAGUGGACUCCAGCACAGGAGCCAUUAGAACAAUCGCCAACCUGGACCAUGAAGUCAUCGCACACUUCCACUUCCAUGUGCACGUGAGAGACAGCGGGAACCCACAGCUAACUGCAGAGAGUCCGGUUGAGGUCAACAUUGAGGUGACAGAUGUGAAUGAUAAUCCACCCGUGUUCACUCAGGCUGUGUUUGAAACUGUCUUACUUCUCCCCACCUACAUUGGUGUGGAGGUUCUAAAGGUGAGCGCCACUGACCCUGACUCUGAGGUACCCCCUGAACUGACAUACAGUCUCAUGGAAGGGAGUGUGGAUCAUUUUCUAAUGGACCCAAAUACUGGAGUGCUUACCAUAAAAGAUAAUAAUCUCUCCAAAGAUCACUACAUGCUAAUAGUCAGAGUAUCUGACGGGAAGUUCUACAGUACUGCCAUGGUCACCAUCAUGGUUAAAGAAGCCAUGGACAGUGGCCUCCACUUCACACAAAGCUUUUAUUCCACCUCCAUCUCAGAGAACAGCACAAACAUAACCAAAGUUGCUAUUGUCAAUGCAGUUGGAAACCGCCUUAAUGAGCCCUUAAAGUACAGCAUCUUAAACCCAGGAAAUAAAUUCAAGAUAAAAUCUACCUCAGGAGUCAUUCAGACCACAGGAGUCCCCUUUGACCGUGAAGAACAGGAGUUGUAUGAGUUGGUGGUGGAAGCCAGUCGUGAGCUAGACCACUUGCGUGUGGCGAGGGUGGUAGUCAGGGUUAACAUUGAAGAUGUAAAUGACAACUCUCCUGUCUUUGUGGGUCUCCCUUACUAUGCUGCUGUGCAAGUUGAUGCUGAACCAGGGACUCUGAUAUACCGGGUAACAGCCAUCGACAAAGAUAAAGGUGCCAAUGGAGAAGUGACCUACGUCUUGCAGGAUGACUAUGGUCACUUUGAAAUUAACCCUAAUUCAGGGAAUGUGAUUUUAAAAGAAGCAUUCAACUCAGAUCUCUCCAACAUUGACUAUGGAGUCACCAUUCUUGCCAAGGAUGGUGGCACUCCUUCUCUGUCCACGUUUGUGGAACUUCCCAUCACCAUUGUUAACAAAGCGAUGCCUGUGUUUGAUAAGCCUUUUUAUACAGCAUCAAUCAAUGAAGAUAUCUCAAUAAACACUCCCAUCCUCAGCAUCAAUGCCACCAGCCCAGAAGGCCAGGGCAUCAUAUACCUCAUCAUCGAUGGAGAUCCCUUCCAACAGUUUAACAUUGACUUUGACACUGGGGUUCUAAAAGUCAUUAGUCCUUUGGAUUAUGAAGUCAUGUCAGUUUACAAGUUGACAGUGAGAGCUAGUGAUGCUCUUACUGGUGCCAGGGCUGAAGUCACUGUGGACCUGCUAGUGGAUGAUGUCAAUGAUAACCCUCCUGUUUUUGAUCAGCCCACUUACAACACAACACUAUCUGAAUCGUCUCUUAUUGGAACACCUGUUCUGCAACUUGUGUCAACUGACGCAGACUCGGGAAACAACAACCUGGUCCAUUACCAGAUUGUCCAGGAUACUUACAAUAGCACAGACUACUUUCACAUAGAUAGUUCAAGUGGCUUAAUUCUGACAGCGAGGAUGCUAGACCACGAAUUGGUGCAACACUGCACCUUGAAAGUCAUAGCAACUGAUAAUGGUUUUCCAUCCCUGAGCAGUGAAGUCCUGGUUCAUAUCUACAUUUCUGAUGUCAAUGACAACCCUCCAGUUUUUAAUCAGCUCAUUUAUGAAUCUUAUGUGAGUGAAUUAGCCCCCCGGGGUCAUUUUGUAACCUGUGUGCAAGCCUCAGAUGCAGACAGCUCUGACUUUGACCGGUUGGAAUACAGCAUUUUAUCUGGGAAUGAUCGAACCAGCUUUCUGAUGGACAGCAAGAGUGGAGUUCUCACACUGUCUAGCCACCGGAAGCAGCGUAUGGAGCCUCUGUAUAGUCUCAAUGUGUCUGUGUCUGAUGGACUGUUUACCAGCACUGCCCAGGUUCACAUCAGGGUUCUUGGGGCUAAUUUGUACAGCCCUGCCUUUUCACAAAGCACAUACGUAGCUGAGGUAAGAGAGAAUGCAGCCUCUGGGACAAAGGUCAUUCAUGUCCGAGCCACAGAUGGGGAUCCAGGAACAUAUGGACAGGUCAGCUAUUCCAUCAUCAAUGACUUUGCCAAGGAUCGGUUCCUCAUAGACAGCAAUGGACAGAUCAUCACAACAGAAAGACUAGACCGUGAAAACCCUCUGGAAGGAGAUAUUAGUAUUUAUCUGAGGGCCCUGGAUGGUGGUGGGAGAACUACGUUCUGCACCGUGCGGGUGAUUGUGGUGGAUGAGAAUGACAAUGCCCCUCAGUUCAUGACAGUGGAAUAUAGGGCCAGCGUCAGGGCUGACGUAGGAAGGGGCCACUUGGUCACACAAGUUCAAGCUUUGGAUCCAGAUGAUGGAGCAAAUUCUAGGAUUACAUAUUCCCUCUAUAGUGAGGCCUCAGUGUCAGUGGCUGACCUCUUGGAAAUUGAUCCUGAUAAUGGCUGGAUGGUGACCAAAGGCAAUUUUAACCAACUAAGAAACACGGUGCUGUCCUUCUUUGUGAAGGCAGUAGAUGGCGGCAUUCCAGUCAGACACUCCCUCAUUCCCGUCUAUAUCCAUGUCCUGCCCCCUGAAACGUUUCUGCCUUCAUUCACCCAGUCACAGUACUCCUUUACCAUUGCAGAAGAUACAUCCAUUGGAAGCACAAUAGACACCUUGAGGAUUCUACCCAAUCAAAGUGUCCGGUUCAGCACGGUUAAUGGAGAACGGCCAGAGAAUAACAAAGAGAAUGUCUUCAUCAUAGAACAAGAGACAGGUGCUAUCAAGCUUGACAAACGCCUUGAUCAUGAAGUCAGCCCAGCUUUCCACUUUAAAGUAGCAGCUACUAUACCCUUGGACAAAGUGGAUAUUGUUUUCACUGUGGAUGUAGAUGUCAAGGUGUUAGAUCUGAAUGACAACAAACCAGUCUUUGAAACAGCGAGCUAUGAAACAAUCAUAAUGGAGGGGAUGCCUGUCGGCACCAAGCUUGCCCAGGUGAGAGCCAUAGACAUGGACUGGGGAGCCAAUGGGCAGGUCACUUACUCCCUACACUCGGAUUCCCAUCUUGAAAAGGUAAUGGAGGCAUUCAAUAUAGACAGCAACACAGGAUGGAUCAGUACACUGAAGGACCUGGACCAUGAGACAGAUCCCACCUUCUCCUUCUUCGUGGUAGCUUCCGACCUCGGAGAGGCUUUCUCUCUUUCUUCCAUGGCUCUGGUCUCGGUCAAGGUGACAGAUAUAAAUGACAAUGCACCAGUCUUUGCUCAUGAGGUGUACCGAGGAAACGUGAAGGAGAGUGACCCGCCGGGGGAGGUGGUAGCUGUUCUCAGCACCUUGGACAAAGACACCUCCAACAUAAACCGCCAAGUGAGCUACCACAUUACAGGAGGGAACCCCCGAGGACGGUUUGCCCUGGGCAUGGUGCAGAGUGAGUGGAAGGUCUAUGUGAAGAGGCCUCUGGAUCGAGAGGAACAAGACAUUUACUUCCUCAAUAUCACUGCCUCUGAUGGACUCUUUGUCACACAGGCCAUGGUAGAAGUGACUGUCAGUGACGUAAAUGACAACAGCCCAGUGUGUGAUCAGGUUGCAUACUCAGCAUCACUUCCUGAAGACGUUCCGUCAAAUAAAAUCAUCCUGAAGGUCAGUGCCAAGGAUGCGGACAUUGGAUCCAAUGGAGAUAUACGAUACUCACUCUAUGGUUCUGGAAACAGUGACUUUUUUCUAGAUCCAGAAAGUGGUGAGUUAAAAACCUUGGCCUUAUUGGACCGGGAGAGGGUCCCAGUGUACAACCUGAUUGCCAGGGCCACUGACGGAGGCGGCCGCUUCUGCAGCUCCAGUGUCCUCCUGCUCCUAGAAGAUGUGAAUGAUAACCCCCCUGUGUUUUCCUCCAACCACUACACUGCAUGUGUCUAUGAGAACACGGCCACUAAGGCUCUGCUGACCAGAGUGCAAGCCGUGGACCCUGAUGUUGGCAUCAACAGGAAGGUUGUGUAUUCCCUGGAGGACUCAGCCAGUGGAGUCUUCUCCAUCGACAGCUCCUCUGGUGUCAUCGUUCUGGAACAGCCUCUAGAUCGAGAGCAGCAGUCGUCCUAUAACAUCAGUGUGCGGGCCAUAGACCAGAGUCCUGGACAGUCCCUCUCCUCUCUCACCUCGGUCACCAUCACUGUCCUGGACAUUAAUGACAACCCCCCUGUAUUUGAGAGGAGGGACUACCUGGUAACAGUGCCUGAGGACACUUCCCUUGGCACCCAAGUCCUGUCUGUUUUUGCCACCAGCAAAGAUAUUGGCACAAAUGCUGAGAUAACUUACCUCAUCCGGUCUGGGAAUGAACAAGGGAAAUUUAGGAUCAACCCAAAGACAGGGGGUAUUUCUGUCUUGGAAGCGCUGGACUACGAAAUGUGCAAAAGAUUUUACCUUGUGGUGGAAGCUAAAGAUGGAGGCACCCCAGCCCUCAGCACUGCAGCCACUGUCAGCAUCGACCUCACAGAUGUGAAUGAUAACCCUCCUCGGUUCAGCCAAGAUGUCUACAGUGCUGUCAUCAGUGAGGACGCCUUAGAGGGGGACUCUGUCAUUCUGCUGAUAGCAGAAGAUGUGGAUAGCAAGCCUAAUGGACAGAUUCGGUUUUCCAUCGUGGGUGGAGAUAGGGACAAUGAAUUUGCUGUCGAUCCCAUCUUGGGACUUGUGAAAGUUAAGAAGAAACUGGACCGGGAGCGGGUGUCAGGAUACUCCCUGCUCAUCCAGGCAGUAGAUAGUGGCAUUCCUGCAAUGUCCUCAACGACAACUGUCAACAUUGAUAUUUCUGAUGUGAACGACAAUAGUCCAGUGUUUACACCUGCCAACUACACUGCCGUGAUCCAGGAAAAUAAGCCAGUGGGUACCAGCAUCUUACAGCUUGUGGUGACAGACAGAGACUCCUUUCACAAUGGGCCUCCCUUUUCCUUCUCUAUUUUGUCGGGAAAUGAAGAUGAGGAGUUCAUGCUGGACUCCCAUGGGAUCCUUCGGUCAGCAGUGGUCUUCCGUCACAUGGAGUCCCCAGAAUACCUACUGUGCAUCCAGGCAAAAGACUCAGGAAAACCACAGCAAGUUUCCCACACCUACAUCCGUGUCCGGGUCAUUGAGGAAAGCACCCACAAACCCACAGCCAUCCCUCUGGAAAUUUUCAUCGUCACCAUGGAGGAUGAUUUUCCUGGUGGGGUCAUUGGAAAAAUCCACGCCACGGAUCAGGACAUGUAUGAUGUGCUGACGUUUGCCCUGAAAUCAGAACAGAAGAGUCUGUUCAAAGUGAACAGUCACGAUGGAAAAAUCAUUGCUCUGGGAGGCCUGGACAGUGGGAAGUAUGUCCUGAAUGUGUCUGUGAGUGAUGGCCGCUUCCAAGUGCCCAUCGAUGUCGUUGUACACGUGGAGCAACUGGUGCACGAGAUGCUGCAAAACACCGUCACAAUUCGCUUUGAGAAUGUGUCUCCCGAGGACUUCGUGGGGCUGCACAUGCACGGCUUCCGGCGCAUUCUGCGGAAUGCGGUCCUCACCCAGAAGCAGGACAGCCUGCGCAUCAUCAGCAUCCAACCCGUGGUGGGCACUAACCAGCUGGACAUGCUGUUUGCUGUGGAGAUGCACAGCAGCGAGUUCUACAAACCAGCCUACCUGAUCCAGAAGUUGUCCAACGCCAGGAGACACCUGGAGAACGUCAUGCAUAUAGCAGCCAUCUUGGAAAAGAACUGCUCGGGAUUGGACUGUCAGGAGCAGCACUGUGAGCAGGGCUUGUCACUGGAUUCCCACGCACUCAUGACCUACAGCACGGCUCGCAUCAGCUUCGUGUGUCCACGUUUCUAUAGGAACGUGCGCUGCACAUGUAAUGGAGGAGUAUGUCCCGGGUCCAACGAUCCUUGUGUGGAAAAACCGUGUCCAGAGGACAUGCAGUGUGUGGGUUAUGAGGCCAGCAGGAGACCAUUUCUCUGCCAGUGUCCACCAGGGAAACUCGGAGAGUGCUCAGGGCACACUUCUCUCAGCUUUGCUGGCAACAGUUACAUCAAGUAUCGGCUUUCUGAAAACAGCCGAGAAGAGGACUUCAAGCUAGCGCUGCGCCUGAGAACCCUGCAGAGCAAUGGGAUCAUAAUGUACACCCGGGCCAACCCCUGCAUGAUUCUGAAGAUUGUGGAAGGCAAGCUGUGGUUCCAGCUGGACUGUGGCAGCGGCCCUGGGAUCCUCGGCAUCUCCAGCCGCGCUGUCAAUGAUGGGAGCUGGCACUCAGUCUUCUUGGAGCUCAAUCGCAAUUUCACCAGCCUGUCCCUGGACGACAGCUACGUGGAGCGUCGCAGGGCGCCCCUGUACUUCCAGACCUUAAGCACCGACAGUGCCAUCUUCUUUGGAGCGCUGGUGCAGGCAGAUAAUAUCCGCAGCCUGACGGACACGCGUGUUACGCAGGUCCUCGGUGGCUUCCAGGGUUGCCUGGACUCCGUGGUGCUCAAUCACAACGAGCUACCCCUCCAAAACAAGCGCAGCAGCUUCGCGGAGGUCGUGGGUCUCACCGAGCUGAAGCUGGGCUGUGUGCUCUACCCGGACGCGUGCCAACGCAGCCCAUGUCUGCACGGGGGCAGCUGCAGCGGUCUGCCCUCUGGCGGCUAUCAGUGUUCCUGUCUCUCGCAGUUCACGGGGACAAACUGUGAAUCAGAGAUCACAGCCUGCUUCCCUAACCCCUGCCGGAAUGGAGGAUCCUGUGACCCCAUAGGAAACACCUUCAUCUGCAGCUGUAAAGCCGGCCUCACAGGUGUCACGUGCGAGGAUGACGUUGACGAGUGUGAGCGAGAAGAGUGUGAGAACGGGGGUUCCUGUGUCAACCUGUUCGGCUCCUUCUUCUGCAACUGCACGCCAGGCUAUGUAGGCCAGUACUGUGGCUUGCGCCCUGUGGUUGUGCCCAACAUCCAAGCUGGCCACUCAUACGUGGGAAAGGAGGAGCUGAUAGGCAUCGCUGUGGUCCUCUUCGUCAUCUUCACCCUGAUUGUGCUCUUCAUCGUCUUUCGCAAGAAGGUCUUUCGAAAGAACUACUCUCGCAACAACAUCACAUUAGUGCAGGACCCGGCCACAGCUGCGUUGCUGCAUAAGAGCAAUGGCAUCCCCUUCCGCAGCCUGCGUGCAGGAGAUGGGCGCAACGUGUACCAGGAGGUGGGGCCCCCGCAGGUGCCGGUGCGCCCCAUGGCCUACACACCCUGCUUCCAGAGCGACUCAAGGAGCAACCUGGACAAAGGCCUGGACGCGCUGGGUGGGGAACCACAGGAGCUGAGCACAUUCCACCCGGAAUCGCCACGCAUCCUCACAGCAAGGCGGGGUGUGGUGGUGUGCAGCGUGGCCCCCAACCUCCCAGCUGUGUCACCCUGCCGCUCAGACUGCGACUCCAUCCGGAAGAAUGGCUGGGACACGGGAUCUGAAAACAAAGGGGCUGAAGACACAGGAGAAGUGACCUGCUUCGCGAACAGUAAUAAAGGCAGCAACUCAGAAGUUCAGUCCCUCAGCUCCUUCCAGUCGGAUUCUGGCGAUGACAACGCGUCCAUAGUGACUGUCAUUCAACUUGUCAACAAUGUAGUUGACUCUAUAGAGAAUGAAGUGUCUGUUAUGGACCAAGGACAGAAUUACAACAGAGCCUAUCACUGGGACACCUCUGACUGGAUGCCUGGGGCACGGCUGUCUGAUAUUGAAGAAAUGCCCAACUAUGAGAGCCAAGAUGGAGGGGCGGCACACCAGGGUAGCACAAGAGAGCUGGAGAGUGACUACUACCUAGGCGGAUAUGACAUCGAUAGUGAAUACCCACCACCUCAUGAAGAAGAGUUCCUGAGUCAGGAUCAGCUACCCCCACCACUGCCAGAGGACUUCCCGGAACAGUAUGAGGCCCUGCCUCCCUCCCAGCCCACCUCUCUCACUGGCACCAUGAGCCCAGACUGCAGGAGAAGGCCCCGGUUUCACCCCAGCCAGUACCUUCCUCCUCACCCACUCCCCGGUGAAACGGAUUUGGGGGGCCCACCCUCCAGCUGUGAUUUUAGUACUUUUGCAGUAAGCAUGAACCAGGGCACAGAGGUCAUGGCCCCCACAGACAGUGUGUCUCUGUCCUUGCACAAUUCCAGAGGCACCUCAUCCUCAGAUAUGUCAGCCCGCUGUGGCUUUGAUGAUUCUGAGGUAGCCAUGAGUGACUACGAGAGCGCGGGCGAGCUCAGCCUCACCAACCUUCACAUUCCCUUUGUGGAAACGCAGCACCAGACCCAGGUGUAGAGGACACCCAUAGGUGCUGCGCCCAGACUAUCACAGCAUGGAAGAAAGGAAGCUGUACUUGUGUUGGAUGGAGAGAAGUCUGUGGAAAUGUGGAUUUUCUAUGAGGAACGCCUUCGCAAGUCUUACUGUCACAAGCAAGCUGGACUCCCAGAGUGACACGGAGAGGCUCAGAACUGUUUCAGGGGGACAGGGGAGCUGACAGACUUUGUUGUGGGUGUUGGCGGCUUGGAAUGCAAAGGAGAAGAAAUGAGUUUACUAAGUUAAAUGGGAGAUCCUGAAUGGCAUUGUGUAUUAUUGUGACCCGGAAAGUACGGAACCAGAGAUCCUUACAAUAUUUAGCCUGCCACCAUCAGAGGGGCAUCAUUGCAUGUUUUUGGGGCCAAGGAAGUGAGAAUAGUAGAUAUGUCUGUCAGAAAAGUUAGUGUUGUAGAUGAAGGAGACGUGAGAGCUAAGCACGAGUGUGGGCAGAAGCCUUAGAAGCCAAUGCUGUUGUUUGAACGAGCUGCCUAAUUUUCAGCUAUAAAAUUAGGUUUGAGUAACAUGC